AUGAUGCGUAGCGGGGCCGCGUUUAAUCCCAUGCGGCGUACGCCGCCACCCCCGCCUUACAUUGACACGUUUGAGUUGAAUCCUAAGGAUUACAUUGGCAUGACGUCGGCGGAGGGCCACAGGUUUGUUGUGCACCAAAACUGCGCCUGCGUUUCGCCGCUCAUUCGCAAGUGCUUUGCCGACCACCUUGCCCUUGUCCUCCCCCAGGUUAGCAUCGACUGGGGUGAGACCGACACGAGCACGCCCACCAUUCAUUUCCCAACCCUGUCAACGGUGCGGCUAGAGGUGAUUGUUCAAUACCUGUACUACAAGCACCGUUACGAGGGGGAAAUGGAGGAACGGCCGCCGUUUAAUGUUCCGCUAGAGGCCGCACUGGAAGUGAUGAAAGUUGCCGAGGCGCUUCAAUGCUGA